AUGAGGAUGUAUAUGUGCCCACAUGUUGACUGCAAUGCGACCAUACAGGACAAAGGCAAAUAUGACAGACAUUUCCAAACGCACAAGAAACCAUUUCAUCAUCAAUGCAAACAUCCGGGUUGUGGAAAAGAAUACUACGCCAAGUCAUCGUUUUCCACGCACAUAAAAUCCCGUCAACACAAACCCCAGGAUCUAACGGGAGGAAAUCCGCAAUUGGGACAUACUUUGGCAUACACACGAAACCAUCACGGUCAAAGUUCAUCAGUCGGGCAAAAGUAUAAAUGUCGUUAUUGUAAUGCGACCAUGCAGACGAAAGAGGAAUAUUCAGAACAUCUUGAAACGCAAAAGGAAUAUAACUGCACUUGGCUCGGAUGUGAAAUGAAAUUCUGUUCCCGAUCGGCACUUCAACAGCAUUACAAUAUACAUCAACCUAGACCUCAAUGUGAAAAUUGUGGCUAUCUCUUUCCUCGCAACCGUACUCUACGAAUACAUCAGCAACGAUGUCACGGAGGUAGUCGUUAG